AGUAAUUGACCACUGAACUUCGAGUUCUAGUAUUUCUGGUUUCGCGCGUCCUUUCUGUCUCUCUUGCGCCUCCGUAGUUAUGGUUCGUUCAGUUUACCGGACCGUGUGUUGUUUAGUUAACGUUAGCUAGCCGUGUAAGAGGUGAUUUUAAACAACGUUUUAAACAUGUCAGAGAAAGGCGAAGUGGAUUUAACUGGUGCUAAACAGAACACGGGCGUGUGGCUGGUAAAGGUGCCCAAAUACCUGUCCCAGCAAUGGGCCAAAGCAUCAGGCAGGGGAGAGGUGGGGAAACUCCGGAUCGGGAAGAAUCAAGGGAAGGCAGAGGUGGAAUUCACUCUGAACGAAGACCUGACCAUGAUUGACAGCCUCGGGGACAAGCCGUCGGGGGUGCAGGCCCCCAGGGACCACCCGUUCACCAUGCAGACUGUAGGAGGACAGACCCUGGCCGUGUUCACUGAGACCCAGUCAGAGUCAUCUAAGGGCCAGUCAGAAGAGAGAUCUGAUGGCAGCACCUCAGUUUCGGGGGCGGGGUCAGGCCCAGAGAGACGUCACCGGUUCUCCUUUCUAACAGAGAGAAUCUCCCUGGAGGGCCUGGUGGUGCAGAGAGCAGAGUGUAGACCUGCUGUCAGCGAGAACUACAUGAAACUCAAGAGACUGCAGAUAGAAGAGUUAUCCAAGCCAGUGAGAUUGUCUCAGCAACUAGAGAAGGCUGUUACCACCAACUACAAACCAGUGGCCAACCAUUCCUACAACCUGGAGUACGACAGGAAGAAGAAGGAGGAAGGUAAAAGAGCCAGGGUCGACAAACAACAGGUGUUGGACAUGUUGUUCUCAGCUUUUGAGAAGCAUCAAUAUUACAACAUCAAGGACCUGGUCGACAUCACCAAACAACCUGUGAGUUACCUGAAAGAGAUUCUGCGCGACAUCGGCAUCUACAACGUGAAGGGAACCCACAAGAACACGUGGGAGCUGAAGCCAGAGUACAGACACUACCAGGGAGGAGAGGAGGAGGAGAAGGAGACCGACGACUAGCCUGGUCUGGGACCUCCAGCCUCCUAGAGAGCUCACCACUAGGAGAAGGACGACUAGCCUGGUCUGGGGUCCCACCACUAGGAGGACGACUAGCCUGGUCUGGGGCCCCACUAGCCUGGUCUGGGGCCUCCCUAGAGAGUGUCGUUUUGGUUUUUAUAGACGCAGAGACAUAAAGUUGUGAAGCUACUGAUGUGUUGAGUUGGCCAGUCAGGACCCCGGUCCUAUACUACAUGUCGGUGAAAUCCCAAGUGGUACCCUAUUCCCUAUAUAGUGCACUACUUUAAAGAUAGGACCCUGGUCAAAUUUAGUGUACUAUUUAGGGAAUAGGGUGCCACGUUUGAAGGAUUCCUACUAUUCUGAACAGUGAGGUGCUUUAGGUUCAUCUCACCUGGGCCACUAUGACGUUUAUUCCUGUGUGUUUGUGGGAUCUGACCGAUCCAGUCGAUCGGGGAUCGGUUUACAGACACGUCAACCAAGGAUCAAUACGUACAAGUUGUUUAUAAAAAUGUGAUUAACGACUUUUGGAAUAAAAUUAAUGUUUUUGUAAAAAAAAAAAA